UCCACGACGGUUGUUCGCCCGACAGUGGUAUCGCGUCAGCCGUACCGCACUGACGUGACGACGGUCAUCUCUCGGCAUUAACCGCAGUUCGCGCCUUCGCGUCUCUAUAACAACAACAACGAAAUAAUUUUCACAUUGUAACAAAUUAUAAUUGUUGCUGUCGCCGUCCGUCGGGGAAACCGGUCGUGAACAGCAAAAGUCCGUCUGCACGUCACCCGUUAAUUAUAUACCUACCUGUAAGUAUAUACCACACUCCGUGUGUGAACCCGUUCGUUUACCGCAUAAACUCCUUGGCCAUCGGUCAUGCGGUCCUAGACCGAGAAAGAAUUUUUUUGUCCCAUCGCCAAGUCAGCCUCUCCGCUCGCCAAUUUCCGCGCCAGAGUAUAAACGGAGACCUAUUAGGUAAACUAUCGCCCCGCCAUGCCACUGUUCGGCAAAAAAGACGUGUCGAAGAAGACGAAGAAGGAUGCGGAAAAGUCGCAGUCCAUCGAAGACAAGUACGACGUCAAAGACCUGCUCGGCACGGGUGCUUUUUCCGAAGUCCGAUUGGCCGUGAGCAAGGAACGUCCGAACGAAAUGUACGCCGUGAAGAUAAUCGAUAAAAAAGCGUUGAAGGGCAAAGAGGACUCUCUGGACAACGAGAUCAAAGUCUUGCGAAGGUUCAGUAAGUCGGUGAAAAGGAGUGAUCAUUCGGGGACCGACGAUAAGAACGAGGGUCAAUGGCUCACUCAUCCGAACAUCGUGCAACUGUUGGAAACGUUCGAAGACAAGUCCAAGGUGUAUCUCAUCAUGGAACUGGUAACUGGAGGAGAGUUGUUCGACCGAAUUGUGCAGAAGGGUUCGUACACUGAAAAGGAUGCAGCCCAUUUGAUCCGCCAGGUGCUGGGAGCUGUGGAUUAUAUGCAUGAACAGGGUGUCGUGCACAGAGAUCUUAAGCCCGAAAACUUAUUGUACUAUAGCACCGACGAUGACAGCAAAAUCAUGAUUAGUGAUUUUGGAUUGUCCAAGAUAGAAGAUUCUGGCGUAAUGGCGACUGCUUGCGGAACUCCCGGAUAUGUCGCUCCGGAAGUGUUGGCUCAGAAGCCCUACGGGAAAGCAGUGGACGUCUGGAGCAUCGGUGUCAUUUCGUACAUAUUGCUGUGCGGAUAUCCUCCGUUUUACGACGAGAACGACGCGAAUCUCUUCGCUCAAAUCUUAAAAGGUGAAUUUGAAUUCGAUUCUCCGUACUGGGACGACAUUAGCGAUUCGGCGAAAAACUUUAUAAGGCAACUGAUGUGUGUUGACGCAGACAAACGUUACACGUGCCGUGAAGCACUGGCUCAUCCAUGGAUAUCUGGCAACGCGGCCAGCAGCAAGAACAUUCACGGAACCGUUUCGGCGCAGCUCAAAAAGAACUUCGCCAAAUCCAGAUGGAAGCAAUUAAUGAACGCCAUAUCCAUGGUGCAUAAAAUGCAGAGGUUAGCGAUGAACGUGUCGGAAGUGUCGGACACAUCGCCUUUGCUGCCUGCUGCGGCAGGCGCGCAGCCGAACAGACAGAAGUGUGCUACGAUUGUAGAGGAAGCCGAGAUUGAUGAUUUUGACGGUGACGACGAUCAUGGCCAAGAUAAUAAUGGCUAUGGCGCCGAAGCAAGCAUACCACGCGACAACAGUGGUGCGGCAGAUGAAAAAAAUGGCCUUGAACAGCGGAGCAGGAAUUAGCCAAGAUGCGAGAAUGGACAACCAGGACUAUCUAGUCAACGGGAUGACCGAAUCCAACAGACUCUAAGAAUUUCUCGUUUUACUUUCAUAUUAUACAAUUAAUAUUAUCAUAAUUAUUAUAUUAUUAUUAUUACUCUUCUAAUUUUUAAAUAUUACCAUUAUUUGAUCUUUUAUUUCAUUUUUUUUCAUUUUUAUUUUUUGUGUUAACGAGAAUAAUUCUACACAUAUCUCUUAUAAUAUAUCGAUAAAAUAAUAUAAACUCUUUACCCGGUAACCUGUCACCCAAUCAGAUUCGUUUAUACAGAUGUAUUAAACACCGUAAGAGCGACGAUAAUAAUAUACAAUAGGUAUAUAUAAUAUUAAAUAAGUGUACUUAUAAAUUGUAUAAUUUGUAGACGUAUAUGUAUGUACAUAACGCCAUAUGGGUAUCGACGAUAUUAUAUAUAGUAUAAUAUACCUAUAUGUAUAUAUUAUAAUUUCUAACAUAUUUCUAACUUAAUAUACAAAAAUACACGCGAGUAUACGCGAACUUAAUUUACACACUUUGCCGUAAAUCAAAUAUUUUUUGCUCAUCAUGACUUCGACGACGUUGUAUAAUACAAUAUUUAAAAAAAAUAAUAAUAAUAAUAAAACGUGUAGAAUUAUACUAAUAUUAACAAUAUUAUAAAUUUUAAAAUUUUAAAAAAAAGACAUUAGAAUUUACACAUUUAUUUUAGUAAGUGUAAUAAUGAUUAUAAAUCGAAACGUAAGUACGUAAAUAUAAUAUUAUACACAACGCGCCAUGUCCCUUCCGUAGAAUUUUCACUCCAAAUCCAAAAUAAUAACUACCACGACCGCAGUGGGUUUGCACAUUUUCUUUUUUUCAAUUCGACACGAAAUUCCGACCGAACCAAAACGGUUUCGACAAUAAAUUUCGUCGUUUGGUCUGUAUAGGUACACUGCGUAUAUUAUAAAUUCUUCGAGUAAAACGAGAUUCGACAUUGUUUGAUAAUAAUAACAAUAUUAUUAUGUACAUUUCAAGUUUGUACACAUUAUAUUAUUUCAAUAAUACGCUGAAAACAAGAACUCAAUUAAUAUUAAUGAAAAGUAAAAUAUUAUAUCGUUGUAAAAUAUAUAUUUUAGAUGUGAUAAUAUUAUACAAUAUAUUAUUAUUAUAUAUUAUAUUUAUUACAAAACGUUACAUCGUUUAAAGAAUAGUUAGUACGGGCAGACGCGUUAAGUAUUAUAAAGUACUUUCGAUUUUCGAAUAAUUAUAUUUGAUGGAUACAAUUUAAAUUUAAUUUUAAAUAGGUACGAUAUUAAUAUAUUAUAUAUAUAUAUUAUAUUAAAUAUAAAUAAAAAACACCCGCUUUUAUUAUAUUAUUAUUAUGUUUUAUUGUUUACGACAUAUUAUUAUAUUAUAUUAUUAUUAUACAUCGUUCUAACGUUACGGUUUUUGUUGUUAACUCUGUUAGAACUUUUAAUUAAUAUUAUCAUUAUUAUUACUAUUUAAAAAAAAUAAAACUCACUAUAGCUACAUUUA